GCGGCGGGCUGCAAAAAACUGCUCCGGUGAGCCCCCUGCCUGGGUGUCGAGGGGGAGGGGCGCGAACGAAUGAGGGAAGUGGGCGAGGAGCGCAGGCGGCUGGUGCAGGCCGGGCCGGGGUCCCGUCCAGGGAAUGGCCCGGGCUGAGGACGGAGGUCGGAACCCCAGGCAGGCCUCGGUGCACCGUUACAGGGCUACGACGGCGGCAUGUGCGAGGGCCCGUCCCGCAUUUCGGGGCCCAUCCCCCCAGACCCCACGCUCUGUCCGGACUACUACCGGCGCCCCGCCUCCGCCCAAGGGCGCCUUGAGGGAAACGCGCUGAAGUUGGACCUGUUGACCUCGGACCCGGACCCGGACGCCACCCCGCCCCGCGGCCCCCGCAUCCGUCCUGAGGGCAGAGCGAUCCUGGAGCGCGGCCGAUGCGGCGUGGGGGGCAUGCUGCUGCAGCUCGGGGGCAUUUCCCUAGGCCCACGGGCCUGUCCCAAGAGGAAGGACCCUAAAGACCAUGAGAAGGAGAAUCUGAGGAGGAUCAAGGAGAUCCAGAGGCGCUUCCGUGAGCAGGAGCGCAGCCGGGAGCAGGGCCAGCCCAGGCCCCUGAAGGCUCUGUGGCGCUCGCCCAAGUAUGAGAAAGUUGAGUCCCGAGUCAAGGCCCAGCUGCAGGAGCCUGGCCCUGCCUCUGGGACAGAGACUGCGCACUUCCUGCGGGCUCACUCUCGCUGUGGUCCUGGGCUCCCACCACCCCGUGUCCCCAGUCCCCAGCUAACCCCACCAGAUCCCAAUGCCAAGGAGCCAGGCGUAGGUGUGGACUUCAUUAGCCACAAUGCCCGCACGGCCAAGAGGGCCCCCAGGCGGCAUUCCCGCUCGCUGCAGGUCCUGGCACAGGUGCUGGAACAGCAGCGGCAAGCCCAGGAGCACUACAACGCCACACAGAAGGGCCACGUGCCCCAUUACUUGUUGGAGCGUAGGGAUUUGUGGCGUCGGGAGGCUGAGGCCCGCCAACUUAGCCAGCCGGACCCUGCCAUGCCCCCUGGUCACACGCGUAUGCCUGAGAACCAGCGUCUGGAGACACUGAGCAACCUGCUCCAGAGCCAGAGCCAGCUGCUGCGUGAGCUGGUGCUGCUGCCUGCCGGGGCAGACUCACUGAGGGCCCAGGGCCACCGUGCUGAGCUGGACCGGAAGCUGGUACAGGUAGAGGAGGCCAUCAAGAUCUUUUCCCGCCCCAAGGUCUUCGUGAAGAUGGAUGCUUGAGCCCUUUUACAGGGGUAGUGACGGCUCCUAGCUGAGGAUCAUUGCAUGGUUGCAAAGGACAGGGUCAGGCCCCAUCAUCAAGUCUAAAGACAGGAGUAGUGUGGGGGGGCUAGGGGGGUAUCCCCAGAGCACUUUUCCUAGCCACUGGUGGCUGCAGAAGGGCCAUCCUAGCCCAGCCUCUUUACCCCUUUGUCAAAAUUAAAUUUUUUUGUACACAG